AUGGACCAGCAGCGUGACCCCGAUUACCAGCGCGACAGCUCCGAGAGCAGCACCACGAGUCUAACCAGCACCAGCACGACUGGAGCAGACACGAUUACUAGUGCGAGCCUCACCAGUACUGCCACAUUGACCAGCUCGACGGGCACCGACAGCGCAACGACGGUCAGCAGCGGCACCUCGACCAGCAGCGUGACCCCGAGCAGCAGCUCCGAGAGCAGCACCACGAGCCUCACCGACACUAGCGCGACUGGAACCAUGACGAUCACCAGUGCGAGCAUCACCAGCACUGCCACAUUGACCAGCUCGUCGGGAACUGACAGCGCAACGACGGUCAGCAACGGCACCUCGACCAGCAGCGUGACCCCGAGCAGCAGUUCCGAGAGCAGCACCACGAGUCUAACCAGCACCAGCACGACUGGAACCCACCACGAGCCUCACGGGCACCAGCUCGACUGGCUUUGUCACGAGCGUCACCAAUACUGCCACGUCGGCCAGUUCGACGGGCACUGA